AUGGGCAAUCCUUUCUCGAUACCUUGUGAUCCGUGUAUAAAUAAAAUCUCUAACUGGAUUGACAAGAAAGUAGGUUAUAUUCAUAAUCUGAGAAGAAUCUCACGGCUCUGGAUGAAACCAUGGAAGAGCUCAAGGCUAAGCGUGAUGAUUUGUCAAGAAGGGUCACAAGAGAGGAGGAGGAGGAUAGACGUCACAAAGGCUUGCCGAAUCGAGAGUUUAAGAUCCAGUUACCGUUACGGGAAAAAGGUUUUCUUGACGUUGAAGGAGGUUGAGGAACUCCGUAGUAUAGUUUUUCAAAAGGUUACUGAUCAAGCUGAGUCAGCUGUGAUAGAGGAAAUACAACCUCAACAGAUAAUUGUUGGUCAAGAAGCAAUGCUCAAGAAGGCAUGGAAACAUCUCAAGGAAGAUAGAGUUGGAACUAUGGGUAUGUAUGGUAUGGGCGGAGUAGGAAAAACAACACUUCUCACACAGCUCAACAAUAAGUUCAGUGAAGAAAGGUGUGGAUUUGAUUUUGUGAUUUGGGUUGUGGUGUCUAAAGAGUUACGGGUUGAGAAGAUUCAAGAUGAAGUCGCUGGGAAAAUUGGUCUUGGUGGAGAGAAGUGGGAGAAAAAAGAGAAGAGCCAAAAGACCAAAGAUUUAUACAAUUUCUUGAAGAAAAAGAGAUUUUUGUUGUUUCUAGAUGACAUAUGGGAGAAGGUGGAUCUAAUAGAGAUUGGAGUCCCAUUUCCAGCACCACAAAACCGAUGCAAAGUAGUCUUCACCACUCGUUCCCAAGAGUAUGUGCGCACAUGA